GUGGGAGUAAACUUUUUGUUUUUUCUAAGAGCUAUAAUUAAUAAAUUAUAAUAAACAUUUGUUGCAAUUAAAAGAUUUAGUCGAUAUCGUAAUCACUAAGAAAAAAAUGGAUGAUUUAAUGAAAGAGUUUGACAAUACCAAUUUUAGUGUGGAGAAAUACACGAAACUGUUGGUGAAGGAAUGUGUUGGGGGUCCAGAUUUACAGAAAAGAAAAAAAGAAAUUCAAGCCUACAGCGAUCAAACUUCAGCUACCUUGAAGAGAUCUGUUUAUGCAAAUUACAUGCAAUUUAUCGAAACGGCCAAGGAAAUAUCCAGCCUAGAAUCUGAAAUGACUCAACUGUCAUUGCUACUAAAUGAUCAGCAUAAUAUCUUGGCCUCUUUGACGGAUGACAAGUCUAGUGGAGCUAAUAAAUCUGCGGACGAUGAAGAUAAUAAAGCUCAAGCUCAACAGGAAGCCGAUAAUAUGCAUGCAACGCGCGCUGUUAAAGAAAUGGUUCAAGGCUUUAAUGGCAAUCUGGAAGGAAAAACUUUUCUUAACGAAGGAGCUCUAACCGAAUUAGAUGCCAAUGAUUAUCGACCAAUUCAGAGGGUGUUUUUCUUUUUGUUUAACGAUGUUCUAAUAGUGUGCAAAGUUAAGCACGACAAGAGACUGGAAUUAGUGGCCGAGUAUAAUCCUAAAACUCUUGCAGUGAUUAACAUUAAAGAUUUGGAUGGUAUUAAAAACGCAAUUAAUAUUAUUACCCCGGACGGUUCGAAAAUUUUUCAAAGCAUUACAGAGGCUGGCAAAGAUGAAUGGAUAGAGAAAUUCGAGGUAGCGUUUAAAUGGGAUCAACAACAGAAAAAAUCAAAAAAGGGACCAGCUCCCCAGCCACCAAAAAAUAAGGUUGCAAAUACUCCCCCAAGUAGUGAAAAAUCUGUAGAUCUAACACCAACAGAGACGCAGCUUCCAAAUUUUCAAGCAAAGAGUGGUCCCGAAUGGAUUUAUACAGCUACCGAUGAAAUACAAACCUUUAUAGCACAGCGACAUUUCGAAGAAGCCGAAUCGCUUGUCAAACGGUGCCAGGAAUUGUUAAGUCAGGAUAAAAGUUUUGACAAUGCCGCUGAUAUAGAAUCUAAAGUCCAACACUUGGAAAAGCAUUUAAUGGACGUACUCUUGCAAGAGCUGUCAAAAUGUCAUGCUAGGAACUUGCAAGUCGCUUUAAGGUCAUCCAGACGUUGUCUUCAGAUUCUUGUGAAUAUGGGCAAGGCAAGACAAGCUUGUGGAACUUUAUUAAAAGUAUGUUCCAUAGCAUUGCGAACUGCCCAAAGGGAAGCAAGAAAAAAUAACGCAGAAAUAUCCGAACUUUUUUUCUGUGAUUUGGCCCAAGUUGCAUGUGAGUUUCUAGCUUCUUUUGAGACACAACCGGCCUGUGUUAGUGCACUUGUAGUAUGGUGUAACGCCGAACUACAAUACUUUGCCAGCCAACUGAAAAAACAUUACCUUACAAAAGGAAGUAAUUUGGAAGGCAUUGCUAAAUGUAUAGAGGGUGUACGCAAACCAUGCGCAAAACUUACCGAAAUUGGCUUGGAUCUUUCAUACCAUUUGGAAGGCUUGUUGCGCGCCGAUCUGGUUGGAUUAAUCAAUGACUCUCGUGUUAGAUUGUUAGAAACUAUAGGACGAACAGAAGACGCUUGGCAACCAUAUAAUCUACAGACGAAAUCCAACUUGAAACGAAUACUUUUAGAACUGGACGCUUUAGGCCUUAACUUACGUCCCCAUACAACUGGCGAUACUUGGAUCAACUUAACUCAGUCAACAGUAAACUUUACCAGGCAUUAUUUGCAGUUAACACAGUAUUCCGGUUACUUGGCUAAAAGCGAAGCUCUCUCCCAAAGUUGUCAAAUUCUACUUAGGGACUUGCUUCAAACCCAGCAAUCAAUUAAGCCACUCUCCGGCUUAAGUGUUGAUCCAAACUUCGUAAUGAAAAAUAAGCAGUUCCUUAUUGAGGAAUUGUUGCCAAUUGCAAUUGCAAAAUUCCGUCAAAUCAGUGGCAGUAAUGCUAAUAUUCUGGAAAUUUUACAAAACCAAUUUCACGAGCAACAGGCUCCUAUCCCCAAAAAACGUAAUGUUUAUCAAACUGAUGUGAUUUAAUAAUCUUAAAUUACUUAAUCUCAGAUGUAAAGUAUUCCUAAUAAUAUUGAUGAUUCUUAUUUCUGUUAAGUAAAUAAAUUAAAUAACAAAAGGUACAAA